CGCAGAAUUUGUUUACAAAUUUUUCUAGCAAUUUUCGAGUCACGUGACAGAUAUGGCUACUAUAUUAUUUCUUGUCCUUGGCAAACAUAUUAAAACAGCAAAGCACUAGGCUAAUAGAUUGCUAUAAGCAAAAUUUCGAGAUGUUCUUAGUUAGAUGAAAUCACUGAAGUGAGAUUCAGCCAUCGUGUACCAGUUGAUGCUAGAACAGCUAGACUUGCAGCCUGCCACGCAGUGUGGGGUCUCGGUCCCAGUUUGACACCCCAGGCCAGGCCAUGCUGAUUUUGGUUGUAAAAAACUUUGUAGAGAUGGAUUUGCAAAAUGUAAUGGUACGGUAUAUAUGAAUGAGUUUGAGCUGAUAAAGGCUUUUUUUGAGCCUGCUUUAUCGCUCGGCGUGGGAAUAGAGCGGAUCAGAAACGUCCCAUCAGUGGUAUGUGUGGUCAGCACUUGUAGACAGAGUCCGAGGGGAAGAUGAUGGAGCACUUUGAUUCCGAGGACGACAAUGUGAGUCGCGCCAGCACUAACAGGUGGUCUAUGAUGGUCUUUGAGCUUCCAGGGUCAGAUAUACUCAAAACAGGAUAUCUGAAGAAAUUAAAGACAAAGAAGGACAAGUUUUUUGUGUUACGCUCUACCAGUAGUAGUGGUCCGGCAAGACUGGAAUACCAUGACUCCGAGAAAAAAUUUAAAGCAGGCCAGCUGCCAAAGCGACAGAUAUUACUCCACCACUGUUUUAACAUCAACAAAAAGGCCGAUACGCGUCAGAAAAACUGCAUCGCUCUCUACUUGGUGGACGAGUGUUUUGCAGUGGUCAUCAAGGAUACAGCAGAGGUUCAGAUUUGGCUGGACUUAUUACUAGAGCAUCAAAAUGAAUACUUGACAGAUGUUCAGCAGCCCUAUCCUCACUACGAUUACAUAUGGCAGGUGGAGAUAAAACCCAAGGGUCUAGGGGUCAGCAAACACCUGUCUGGGGGGUACCGCUUCUGUCUCCAGGACACAGUUUGCUUCGUCAAAAAUAACUCCAGUAAAAUAGAAUUCGAAAUCCAAAUGAUGAACAUAAGGAGGUGUGGUCAUAAGGAUGGAUUUUUCUUUAUGGAGCUUGGCCGCCACUCUCCAACCGGUUCUGGAGAGCUGUGGAUGCAGGUGGACGAUGCAUAUAUAGCGCAGAGCAUGCAUGAGGUGCUUUUGAGUGCAAUGAGAGAACCAUUCCGUUCUCGGAGUAACACAAGUUCCUCUGGUCGUCUGAGGGAUGCUGAGAUUGAUGGCCACGAAACUCGAAGUCGAGAGGGCAGUCAUGGACAAAGCUCAUUGAGAAAUAAAAAAAAGAAAAUGUCCCGCCCAGGCAGUGCACUCUCCCCCGAUGUGCCCUCAGUGCCCCCCAUCAGCACUAGCCCUGCCAGCAGCCAUGUUUAUGAGAAUGAAGGGCGGUUUUCAGGUGCAGGUGUAUAUAAUCCUCCCAAGCCAUCGAUAAUUACCACAAGUGAAACUAAGAAAAGCAAUUCCCAUAAAAUUCCAUCAGAUUCGUUCCGUGAACGGGGGCUGUCCAACAGCAUGGAUCAGCAGAAACCUCGUCAUGACAGCUUCACCAGCAAAAAGUCGGAGUUAUAUGGCUCCAGCCCGGGACCAGAUAUCACUCUUAUCAAACAUUUGGAGGUUCGCAGUCCUAGUUCUGUAGAGAACCCAAACUCAUAUCUUGUUAUGUCGCCCUCCCAGCGGUCCGUGUCACCAUUCCGGGACUACCCAGUGGAGAGACCAGGGUCUUCUACCUCAGAUCAUGAAAUAGUGCCCAAGCAGGAGGGCGGGUAUAUGGACAUGAAGCCAGGGACAGUGAGUAACAUGGGCACUAACCCCGACCCUGGGUACAUAGACAUGAGCUUGUCCAGUCCCCAUGUAGACAAAGCGGCUCUGACGCAGACGAAUAGUGGUUAUAUCUCGAUGGGAGCAGGGCAUACUGGGAGGAUAGCGGUCUCAGCCCCUAUCCCCAUCAGGCAGAACAAAGAGCCAGGCUAUAUGGAGAUGGGCCCCUCCAGUCAACCUCUACCCCAGAUUAAGGAGGGAGGAAGUGGAGAAGCCUACCUGCCGAUGACGCCUUCCACACACAGUCCAAUCCCAGACACAGACAAUCUCCGCCCUGCCAAAAUGAUCUGCUACCUCUCCGACGACUCCAUGUCUGGUGAUCUGCCAAAACGAUCCUUCUCUGUGGGGUCACGACCCACUGCCAAAACACUGCGUCACCACACUAGUUACGUGGAACCGAAAACCAAGGAAGACACAACAGACAAUGGCCGCUGGCAGAGUGCUCCACAUCUCAUCGCUCAGAAAAAAGCACAAGCCACUCAUCAGUACAUGAACACUGAAUCGUCCUUAGGUUCCAGUCCAAUGAGCCAAUCUCUUUUCUCAGAGGACUCAAUGGUGGAAAUGGAGUAUAGACCCAGAGCCACAAGUGAAAGUUAUAGACCCCGGACCUCUAGUGUGGGCAAAAUCUUGUCACAAUCCCGUCAGCGCUCUUCAAGCUAUGGACAACAAUCAAAACUAGCUCAACUUGCUCAUGAUGUAAGAAGGAAAGUAGGGUCCUUUGAAUCUGUUCGUAAUCCAGGUAUGGAUAAACAGUUAUUUCACCGUACGUCUAAUGAUUCUAUUGGACAUUUGUCUAUCUCAUCCAAGGCAUCGUCUUCUGAAUCUCUGCGUCUCUCAAGUAGGAACUCGGAAUAUGUAGACAUGCACUUGGAAAAAAGUAAUGACACCGGAUAUAUAGACAUGAGUAUCGGAACACCUAAAAGUAGAAAGUCUAGUGCCUGCCAUUCUAGGAGUUCAUCUAACCAAAGCCUUAGUUCUUCACCUGCAGUCAUGAACAGUUUUGGAAUAAAACAGGACACAUCACCAAGCAUAAAAAUAAUCAAAUCCAGUGAUGGAAUUGCUCAAAAAUCAUCUAGUUUAAAUGUGAAUUCUCGAUCAUCCAUAGCAAGCCGGAGUCCAUGUGGAUCAGGAAGGGAAUCAGAGGAUGAAAGUUAUGUUCCAUAUGCUCCUGGGAUUUCUGGAGAAAACCAAGUGCAAGAGACAAGGUCGGGGUCAGUUUCUGAUAAGAAAACAAGUAUAAGGUCAAAUUCACUUUCCUCUGAAAGAAGACCUGGAUCUAGAUCAGGGUCAUUUGGGUCAGAUAAAAAUCCAGAUUCCAGAUCUAAUUCUUUUGGCACAUAUACAAGGCCAAGUCCAAGGUCUGGAUCAUUUAAAGCUGAUCAGAAAUCUCACAAGGGAACCAGACUUGGCCGGCACAGUCCCAAAACCAGCACAGUGCCCAGUGAGACUCAGAAAAAUGUGGACAAAAAGACUGCAAAACAAUCAGAUGAUAAUCAGUAUAUUGAUUAUGAACCCGGUACUGUAGAAGUAGGAAAUAAUGCAGAAAAUCCACAGGUGGUCAACACAGAAUGCAAUUCUUCAGUUGUGUCCAAAACAACAGUUGAAAAACCAAGCGUCCAGCUCCCUCAGUAUAGUAUGUCUACAGACCCCUUGUUUUGCGAGAUGCUUUUAGUAAGUCAGAAAGGUAGUGAGAGUGAUAAAGCUGGAGAAAAUGAAUCUGUGAAGACUGCAGAGACAAGCUCAAACAGUCAGCCCAAAGUUAGCCCUUCAGAAAACUCAAACACCCAGCCAAAAAUUAACUCUUCAGAAAACUAUUCCUAUAUGGAGUAUGCCCCAGAAGACUACAACUCGGUGGAACCCUCUCUAAAAAGUCCCACAGUUGCACGGUCGUACAUCAAUAAGGAGUCCGAAGACAGGUUAGUGAAGGAAACUGGAGGAAAACAGGAAGCAGGUGUUCAUAAAUCACAGGGCAGUGUUCCAACAGAGGCAGAAAUCAAGUCUAGCAAUGAACAGAAGGAGAAGAAACAGAGGAAUGAUAGCAAGAAAGAAAAGAGUGAGGCAGUGGUGAGGCAGGUGCUCCCUUUGAAGACUGUUUUACUGGACAGUGGGGAGGAAGAUGACGGGUAUGUGGGCUUGGACUUCGGAGACCAGAAACGGAAUUCUGAUCUAUCGUACCUCUCCAAACCACCAGGCAGGGGAAAACAGGCGGACGAUACGUCUCUCUCCAAACCACCAGGCAGGGGAAAUCAGGCGAACGGUACGUCUCUCUCCAAACCACCAGGCAGGGGAAAUCAGGCGGACGGUACGUCUCUCUCCAAACCACCAGGCAGGGGAAAUCAGGCGGACGGUACGUCUCUCUCCAAACCACCAGGCAGGGGAAAUCAGGCAGAUGGGACAUCUCUCUCCAGGCCACCAGGCAGGGGCGAGGGGGAGGGGACGUCAGUGGAUGGAGAUUUGUACAGUAGGCAGGGCAGUAGAACAGACAGAAGAACGGACAGCAGACCAAGAUCUAGCUCAGGGAAAGAUGGAGUAUGCUGCGAUCAGACAGGGAGCACUGGACUCCAGAAAAAGACAAGUGUUAGUUCCCUACAGGAACAUGAGAGUGUGUUCAAAGAAAGUAAUAAAGAAAAUGAGAGAAGCUGUGAAUCUUUAAAUUUGAAAAUACCAUUUCCGCUCUCUGUGACAUCAAAUCAAGAGCUUCAAAAACAAAACAGUAUGCCAUGUGUGGCAGUGGAAUCUGAACAGUGUCGUGAUGUCAGACGAGAGGAGGAGUUAUUUAAUCGUCGUAGCUGUUCUGACCUGGCCAGUGAGUAUGAAGAAAUGUCCCUUCCAAUCGCAGGGGGGAAAUCAUCAUCCAGCCAGCAGCUUUCAGCAAUGCCCAUGCUUAACUAUGCCAAGCUUGACCUUGGAUCAAGUGAAGAAAUUCCAGUAGAGCAAAAAUUCCGCCAGACUCGCCAUCCCUCGUCCCCGGACGACAGUGGGCCACCGGUUCAAGGGUAUGCGGAAAUUGACUUCGAAAUGUCAGAUAAUUUAAAAAAUGCACGGAGCAAGGAAAAGCUACCUGUGAAAUUUUCCUUAGAGUAAAUUGUUUUUGUAAGAUAUGUAUAAAAAAGCUUUAACUACACUGAAAGUCUGAAAUUCAGAAGGUGUGUACCAGUGUGGUUAAGAGAUCAGCCAGUCUGAAUGUUGUCUGUGAAAUUGUUGUUCGAAAUUUCUCUGUAAUAUACCAACAUCAGUGGGUAGAGAUAGAAAGCUUUUCUAACAACCCGAAUGGAAAGUGGUCAUGCAAACUUAUCUAAAAGCAGCUCAUCAUGUGAUACAGGUUGUGUGCUUACUGCAUAGAAUAUUAGAAUGUGUAUUUGUGUGCUGAAGCAUGCUUUGUAACACUUUUAUGUGCCGACAGAGUUUAUAUGUGUUCAUCCCUGUCAAUUGUUAUAAAGGCAUUGUUACCUUUUUUUGUGUGCAAGUGAUGUAACUUAGGCACAGGUGAAUGAUGGGGUGAACUAAUGCCAGAAAAGGAACUAUUGAAGAUGUCUUUGCAUUAUCGUAUGUGAUAAAAAAAAAAUUAUGGAGAAAAUUUUUAUUUUGAGCUUUUAAUAUUUAUGUAAAGUUUAGAGAAAUUUAUGAUUUUAAAUUGUUUUAUCGGAUUUUAAAAGAAGUGGCUGUUGCAUUGUAAUUACAGGCAUUAUACAAUUAUUGGUGGUUGUUACUCGUUUACUUUUCAGCCUUUUAUCUGAAUCCAGUUCAGUUUUAAUGACUUAUUGCUGAUUCAUAUUUUUAUUAUUCAUGUAGCCUAGUCAUUCUUUUGAUAGAUUGUAUAUAACAUCAGAUGGAAGCAAGAAGAUCAAAGUUGCUUUCUGAAUCUAAUAUUGACAACAGUAUAACAGAUGAUAGUAGGUUAGAAUUACUAGGGACAUUAGGAGAAAUCACAAUUUUUUUUAUUGAAGUUUGGCAUUAUCUGUUUGCUAUCUGUUUAUCUGCAAACAUUUAUACAUCAUCGUAUCCAGAAUCAGGGGUCCGAUUUCAAUUGUACUUGGCAAAAGCUUGUUUGAUCAGAAAAAAUUCAUUGUAUGAAAGCUUAUGCUUCCAGUGUUUGGGGUGUAGUCCCUUUUAAAAGUUGCCCGAAGGCUUCAUUUUGUUGGAAAUAUUCGUACUUCUUGAAGUUGUGGCUUUGAAUGCAAGGAUACAGGAGAGAUACAGUUACACGUUGGCUAUAUCUACAUUUUUGUCUUUGGUAUCUUUAUUAAUUGCGGUGAUAGCCAUUUCCUCAUGAAUAUGAUGCAUUUGUGAACAAUGUGCAUAUGGAUCUUGAUAAAUAUAGUACAUAUGUACAUCUAUUUUAACGGCUGGGAAUUUUGAUAAAAAUUAAAGUAGAAUGUAAAUAUAAAAAAUAACUUGAAAUUUAAACCAGGAUUAUCUCAAAAGUGUUUGCAAUAGCUGCCGUUGUUUACUUUUUUGUCCGAGUUUUGGUUGAUGAUUUGACGUAACUAUGGUGGGUAGAGUUUAUGCUGUGCUGUGGAUCAGUGUAUUUAAUUCAGAUGCUAAAAAUCAUAUAUUCAAAAAAGAAUUGUCCUAAAACCUGAAUAGGCUAUCCCUUAAUACUAGAAGUUUCAGUGAGCAUUGAUUCAGCAGCCCAGUCUAAGUUCUUCAGGUUCAUAUAUACCCCUUGUGUUCUUAAUGUGUAACAUGGACACUGAGUUCAAAAGGCCCAAGAACUUGUGAAGCCUUUUGGAUUUGACUGAAAUACCUGGAUAAUAGCUUUAUUAUGAAAGCCCCUCUCAACUCCAUCAGUUUGACCUUGUGUAAAAGUCAAACAUUUUGAAAUUGUUUUCUUAUAGCUUUUUUGAAUUUUUAUUGUUCAAGAGUUAUGGGUUUAAAAUAAGAGGGUGGUUUCCCAGAAAGAAUGACUUGUAUUCAAUCCGCCAUGCCCCUCAGAAAGACCUUGGGUGAAGGUCGGUUGGUUUAAUCCACCCAUAGAGCUCUUAAUUUUUGGUGACCAUUAAUAAAUGUUAUUUUCUGUCACUUUGUGAUCAGAGGGUAUUGUAAUAGGGGAGGGGGAGGGGUUGCCAUGGACAGCUAAUUUAGAUUGGAUAAUGUUCGUAGUGUCUGGAAUCAUAAGGUGUCUGUGAUUUGUCACUAUCCCAGUAUUCCAUCUCCUGUAUGUCAGUUUCUAUGUGAAGAAGAGCUUGAUACAUGUUUUAUUAUAUUUCAUUUACUGUGCGUCUCUUAUUGAAGUAGUAUUAUACUGGGGCCUGUACAGCAUUAUACUGGGGUAUGUACAGAGUUAUACUGGGGUUGGGGGUAGGGGCAAGGCAGUAGAUAGUAGUAACAAUGUGAAGUGCCUUACUGCACUGUGAAUGUAGAGUUGGAAGCUACAUCCAUUUGUAUUUCAUAUUAUUGGAAAAUUUGUUUUACUGCAAAUUGAACAUGAUGUGAAUAUAGAACUCUUUUGAAAAAUUUCCUAUAUUUAGUAACUAUAAUGAACAAAGGGAACAUUCACAAAAAUAGUGCCUCGAUGUUAAAUCUGACAGGACGAGACUGCAGUAAAGUCUUGCGGAAUAUAGGUGAUUUACGGUAUCUUGCAUGCCCCCCAUACCGCAGCAUUACACAAUGGUAUCUAACAUAGCAAUGUCUGGAUAUUACACAUCAAGUUCUUCUAUUCAGCAGAAGGUCAGUUCAUUGAUAAAUUCUAUAAAUGAAUAAUCGGUAUAUUUAGUAGAAUGCCAAUAGAAGGUGGUCAAAAUCUUAAGCUAUUCUGUUGAAUGUACCGCGUAACAAGUUAUCUUUAACAUAGGAUAAGUAAUUAUAUCACUUAAGUAUUAUUGUGUACAUGUAGUACUGUAAUAUCACGAAAUAUUAUGAUGUGUAAUAUCACUAAAUAUAUUAUGUGUAAUAUCACAAAAUAUUACGAUGCACAGUAGACCUGGUUGUAAGGCCUGAUCAGCUCUGUUCAAUGCUCUGGUGUUUUUGUAAUUUUGUGUGUUAAAAUCAUGCUUUUUUGUACAAUGUCUUUUACUGAGAUCGUUUACUGAAAUAGCUGUUCACUAGUAUACAAAUUAUAAUAUGUGUAUAACAUUUUUAUCCAUGAUAUGACAAGAUGUUGCCAUGGUUACUGUUAUUUGUUGUCCACUAUUUCCAUGUUACAGAGUAUUCAGAUAUAAAAACAGAUAAAUCAUAAAACUGAAAA